CCAAAACUCAUCUAGUGUUUCUUAAUUCUUCCUUUUCUUAUUUGUGCAGUUAAGAUGAUGACGGUAAAUGAGAUCCGCCAGACACAGAGAGCUGAAGGCACUGCCACUGUGUUAGCUAUUGGCACUGCAAAUCCUCAAAACUGUGUAGAUCAGAGUGCAUAUCCAGACUUCUACUUCCGCGUUACAAACAGUGAACACAAGACUGAGCUUAAACAAAAAUUCAAGCGCAUAUGUAACAUGUUUAUAAGUGAAAAAGCUAUGAUUAAGAAGAGAUACAUGCAUUUGACAGAAGAUAUUUUGAAGGAGAAUCCAAGUUUGUGUGAGGUCAUGGCACCUUCAUUGGAUGUCAAACAAGACAUCCUGGUUGUGGAAAUACCAAAGCUAGGAAAAGAGGCUGCAUCAAAGGCAAUCAAGGAAUGGGGUCAAGCUAAGUCCAAGAUUACUCAUCUUGUCUUUUGCACUUCAGGCGGUAUCGAUAUGCCUGGUGCGGACUAUCAGCUCACAAAGCUCUUAGGCCUUCGUCCACAUGUAAAGCGUUAUAUGAUAUACCAACAAGGUUGUUAUGCUGGUGGGACGGGGCUUCGAUUAGCUAAAGAUUUGGCUGAGAACAACAAAGACGCUCGUGUUUUGUUGGUUUGUUCCGAGAUAAAGGUAUUAACUUACUCUGGACCUAGUGAGACUCAUCUUGAUGGUCUGGUGGGACAAGCGAUUUUUGGAGAUGGUGCGGCAGCUGCGAUUAUUGGUUCAGACCCGUUGCCACAAUUUGAAAAGCCUUUGUUUGAAUUGGUAUGGACUGCACAAACCAUCCUUCCGGAUAGCGAAGGAGCUAUUGAAUGUCACAUUCGAGAAGUGGGACUUACAUUUCAUCUGCUCGAGAAUGUUCCUGACCUCAUCUCAAAUAACAUUGAGAAAGCUCUUGUUGAGGCCUUUCAACCUUUGAACAUCUCUGAUUACAAUUCCAUUUUUUGGAUUUCACACCCCGGUGGACGAGCCAUUCUUGACAAAAUUGAAGCCAAAUUAGGCUUAAAGCCGGAGAAAAUGCAAGCCAGUCGACAUAUACUUAGCGAGUAUGGAAACAUGUCAAGUGCGUCCGUGUUAUUCAUCUUGGAUGAGAUGAGAAGGAAAUCAAAAGAAGAAGGCCUUGCCACAACGGGUGAGGGCCUUGAAUGGGGUGUGCUUUUCAGUUUUGGUCCUGGAAUCACUGUCGAGACUGUUUUGCUCCGUAGUGUGGCCAUUUAAAUCCUUACAUGUUACCAAGAAAACAAGUUUUAUCUUCUCCGUGAUCUUUUCUUUUUCAUCAAUAAGUGAAUGUAAUAUUUAUGUUUUCCCUCUAAGUUCUUCAUCGUUCUUCACAUUCACAUGUUUCAUCUAUCUUUAAUUAAUCAUGGUAAUCAGUGUGUUAUGUAAGCCUUUGAUUUUCUAUUAUCUAAUAAAACUUUUGUUUACAUUCGACUUAUAAAAACCGU